CCGUCGGCUGCGGCGGCAGGUGAGGCGCGGGCAGCGGGUGAAGGAGGGAGGCGGCGGCCCCUCCGUGCGGCGCGGCCGAGCCCUCCCAUCACAUGACGGCGCCGUCAUGUGCAGAGGCGCCGGUUGAUGAGGCGGUUCCGCUGCCCGCCUGGACCGUCUCUCCCGGGCCUCUGCCGCACAGACGGUCGGUGCGGGGGCCACCCCUGGAGCAAGAGCCCCUCAGGCCUCGGCGGCCGGGACCAGAUUCCCGCCUUUCACAGUGCGUAUCUGUGAUAUUUCCAAAAGAACAGCAGGCUUUCUCAAGUAACGAUUUCAAGAUGCCAGGCGGUGCAAGAAUCUCAUUCAACUGUGUGGAUUCUGCUCUUUCGUCUCUGAAAAACUGCCAGUCUUAUAUAAAUACUGGAAUGGAUAUUGCUACUCACGUUGCCCUUGACCUUGUGGAAAGUUUCAAUGAUGUGGAGGAUGUUAACAGCAUGGAAAAUGUCAUGUUACAAUAUGCUGCAAUGGACAGAGAACUUAAGCAUUAUAUGAAGGCAAUUGAAGAAACGGUAAAUCAGAUAAAAAGAGAAAAACCAGAAAAUAUACCAGAUCUAAAAUAUUUAGUAAAAGAAAAAUUUACUGCCCUGGAGAGCAACAACAGUGACUCAGAUUUGCAAAACAAUGAGAAAUAUAUAUAUUUUAAGGAUCAACUUAAAGAGAUGAGAAAACAAUGUAAUGGCAAUGAGUCCAUUGAACAAAUUGAUGAAGACAUAGCUGUGACUCAGAGUCAGACGAACUUCAUUUGUCCCAUUACACAGAUGGAAAUGAAGAGGCCGGUUCGGAACAAAGUCUGUGGACAUAUUUAUGAAGAAGACGCCAUUUUAAAAAUUAUCCAGACUCGAAAGCAGCAAAGGAAAAAAGUCCGAUGUCCUAAAAUUGGCUGUAGCCAUGUCGAUGUAAAAGGAACAGAUCUUGUGCGAGACGAAGCACUUAAAAGAGCGAUUGACAGCCAGAAAAAACAAAGCUGGUCAACACUGGAGAAGUCGGAUGGAGACGAUGGUGACACAAAGAAAAUUUGUUGUUAGAGGUUUUGUGAGAUAAGCUGCUGAUUGUAAGUAGGUUGCGUAACUGAUCGUUAUUUAAAGUGUUUCGUUUAUAGGCAAAGUUGAAGGUCUCAGCUGUGACUGAAAGCAUUUUUUAAACAGCCGAAUAUGAGGAAUUCCAGUUUAACUUGCUUUUUUAACGUUCCUGACAUUCUAAAAACUUGCAUUUGAUAAAUAAAAUGUGUUUCGCAGCAUUUAA